ACUAGAGUUUAUGUAUAUCUUUAAAAAUGGUUGAUAAAUAAAACAUAGAUUGAUACUAAGUAGUAUUUAUGUUAAAAAUGGUUGAAAUAGUAACAAAUUUAAAAAUAGUUAGAGAAAAAAUCAUACAAGCUGCAGCUAAAAGAUUGCCUGAAUUAAAUACUGUAGAGCCAAGAUUAGUUGCUGUUAGUAAAUUAAAACCAGCAGAUGAUAUAAUUAAGGCAUACGAAGCUGGUCAAAAACAUUUUGGAGAAAAUUAUGUGAACGAGUUAGCUGAAAAAGCAAGUGAUCCAAAAAUAUUGGAACAAUGUAAAGAAAUUCGUUGGCAUUACAUUGGCCAUUUGCAAGGAAACAAAGUUAACAAAAUUGUUAAAACUACAAAUCUAUUUGUUGUUGAAAGUGUCGACAGUGAGAAAAUCGCCUCAGCUCUUGAUGUGGGUUGGAUGAAACACAUCAAAAACGAAAAUUCUAAACUAAAAAUUCUAGUACAAGUUAAUACGAGUAAUGAAGAAGGAAAAAGUGGUUGUAAAGUAGAAGCAGUAUCGUCAUUAGUAAAAUAUAUUUUAGAAAAUUGUAAAUACUUGGAGUUCACUGGAUUAAUGACUAUUGGACAAUACGGAUAUGACAUUUCUAAAGGUCCAAAUCCAGACUUCUUGUCUUUAGUAGAAUGUCGCAAUAAUGUUUGUCAAGAACUGGGACUUAAUAACAAUAAUAUAGAACUUUCGAUGGGAAUGUCUUCAGACUAUGAACAUGCGAGAAUUGCAGCAACUGAAAUUUUAUAAUAAAAAUGAUGGACGAUAACGAUGGAUGAGUCGAUAUACACCUUAUGUACCACACACUCGAUCAUAUCAACCACAAACAUUAUACCAACAACAAAUACGAUACGCAUUAUCCAUACAAACAUUCUACAAUCAACAAACAUCAUGCUUACCACAAACAUACCAUCCAUCACAACCAUUCUACCCGGUACAACAAAUGACAUCUAC